AUGAGGAUCAAAGUUAGUUCAAAUUCUUUUCAAACCAUCCUCUUUCUUUUAAUUCUUGUGGCAACCCUUUGGAUAACCAUUGAAGCUGCUACUUGCCGACCUAGUGGAAGGAUAAGGGGUAAAAAACCUCCUUCAGGAAAAUGCAAUAAAGAGAAUGAAUCUGAAUGCUGCAAACAAGGAGAGUUUUACACCACAUUCAAGUGUUCUCCACCCGUGUCUCGCCGAACAAAGGCUAUCCCAACACUUAACAAUUUUGAGAAAGGUGGAGAUGGAGGUGGCCCUUCAGAAUGUGACAACAAAUUUCACUCAGAUAAGACUCCUGUUGUAGCAUUAUCAACUGGAUGGUUCAAUAAUAGAAAGAAGUGUCAUCACAAUAUCACUAUCUUUGCAAAUGGAAAAAGGGUCAAUGCCAUGGUUGUUGAUGAGUGUGAUUCUACAAUAGGGUGUGAUGCUGAGCAUGAUUUCCAGCCUCCAUGCCCUAACAAUGUUGUUGAUGCCUCUAAAGCUGUUUGGAAGGCCUUGGAUGUGCCAGAAGAUAAGGGUGAAUUUGACAUCCACUGGUCUGAUGCAUGA